GUAUGAGUGCAUAGAGAGAGAUAGAAGGAUCAACCCCUACUUCGAGGGCUCGAAACUAAGCAGUAUUAAAAAAGCCCAGUCGGCCUACAUUACGAUGGUCCUUGGAGGGCCGAUCGUGUACAAAGGCCGAGUCCUUGAGACUCUGCAUUCGGUCUUGGCUAUUACGGACUACCACUUCGACUGUUUUAUGCAGCAGGUGGACCGAUCACUAAGGGACAUUGGGAUGGUUGGUGAUGUUGUGGACGAAGCCGUGGUCCGACUCGAGAAGAUUCGUCGGAAGGUCCUACACGGUCAUUAUGAGAAAACUGGUUAUCGACAAACCUCUGCGGACCAUGAAUAG